AUGAGUUACAACAGGUUAAUUGUUUCAAUUGUUAUUUUUACUGUCGCAUCUUUGAUUAAAUCAUGUUUAACCUGUGAUCCAAGUUCUGAUAUGGUUAAUUGUUAUUAUGCUUUUGAUGAAAGAAAUUUUCAAACAAUUAAAGCAUUUAUUGAUGAACCAAGGUUAAAAUAUGAUGUUACCAUGACCGAUGAGGUUUGCAGUGGAUUUGAUGAAUUUAUCAAUUGUUACUCUGCAUUUCUAUCAAAGUGUCUCACUUAUCCUUAUUAUAAAGCAUUGAGACGGAAUAUAAAUGCUUUGAAUAGAGUAUCUGAAACAUUGUGUUCCAACAGCUCAUAUGGACUGAGAGAACUUAUAGCUGUUGGAUACCAAGUGGAAGAAUGGCGGAAAAAGGACACUAAUUGUAAUCCAAAGGUGGAUAAUCAAUGGCCUUUACUUAUAUCGAAAACGAUUCGUCUUCAAUCUGAUGUUAUUUGUGACAAUUUAAUUGCUUAUCAUAGUUGUAUGUCCGCGCUAACGAAAAUAUAUGAUAGAAAAAUGAUCUGGAGUCGGGUGAUUGGUUCAUGGAUUCAUGGUUUAUGUAAUGAUACGGUGGAUUUAACAUCUUCAGUCUCAUUUCUGGUACCAAAAUAUUAUCUUUUACCGUUAUUGGUCAUCUCAUUUGGUAUUGUUCCAAUUCUUGUUGGAUGA